AUGAGUUCUAUUUCUCGUCUUUUAGUAUCUCUACUCGCUUGCUUGGCGUUAGUCCCGACCAUUCUCGGUGCUCUCCAAUAUGGGUUUCCAUACGGAGAGGAAAAAAUAAGGGGCGUAAACUUGGGUGGCUGGCUUGUCUUAGAGUCAUUCACGACACCUUCGCUUUUUGAUCGAACCGGAGACGCUCGCGUUGUUGAUGAAUACACCUUUGGACAAUAUAUGCCGAAGCUUCGUGCAGAAGAGCUUCUCAAAGAGCACUGGGAUACCUUUAUAACCGAGAAAGACUUUGAAGAAAUCGCUGCUGCUGGUCUUAAUCACGUUCGAAUCCCGAUAGGACAUUGGAUGUUUGAGCGUGGACCAGAUGAUCCAUACUAUCAAGGACAACUACCAUAUCUUCUCAAAGCCGUGGAAUGGGCAAGAAAGUACAACAUACACAUUAUUGUGGCUUUGUACGGUGCUCCUAGUAGUCAAAAUGGAUUCAUCAAUUCUGGUCAUUUCCGUGACGCUGCAUACUGGCAUAAAAACCAGACAAACGUUGACCGUACCGUCAACGUAAUGAAGACAUUGACGGCGAUGUUUGAAGACCAGACAGAUGUGGUUUCCAUCAUUCAAGUCAUGAACGAAGCUGCCGGGUUCCGUAAAGCUAUCCUGAACCCCGAACUUUUGGAAGUCCUCAAGAAGUACUACUAUGAUAGCUAUGAUGCCAUUCGCAACCCUCUUGGCGGAAAGAAAAAGAGCAACUUGGUCGUCAUGAUCCACGACGCUUUCCAACACUUGAGCUACUGGAACAAUUUCAUGCCCAACAACACCUACGAGGGAGUCAUCAUGGAUACCCACAUCUAUCAGAUGUUUAACGACCAUGACGCCCACAUGACCUACGACGAGCACAUCCAACGCGCCUGCACGAACGCAACCAUCAUGUCAAAGUCACCCAUGAUGACCAUCAUUGGCGAGUGGACGGCCACUAACAAUGACUGUGGUCCUCAUCUCCUUGGGAGAUUCGUCGGCCAACGGUAUGACGGUACCCUUCCCGGAACCAACCGUGUCGGCAGUUGCAUUGGAAGGACCGGAAAGGCGUCAACCUUCAGCGAGGACUACAAAGAAUUUAUGCGCAGGUACUGGGAGGCCCAGACCCAGUCGUACGAGAAGGGUGGUGAGGGAUGGGUUAUGUGGACCUGGAAGAUGGAGAAUGCAGAUGAGUGGUCGUACAAGGCUGGGCUUGAGAACGGCUGGAUUCCUCAGGACCCUACCGACUACAAAUAUCCCAAUAUUUGUGGUUGA